AUGACCUCUCUUUUCAACAAGGCCGCGGCAGCAGCGAAGAAUGUUCAGAACUCAGUCAGCAGCAAUGCAGCCAUUGACAAUGUCACAAGCAAGUUCGGACUGGCGAGCGUGACCAGCACGGUGACCAGCAUAGUCUCAGGCACACAAGAUGAGAGUCUCAAGCACCGUUAUUCCAGUUCCCACCCCAUUUCCGAGGGGAACAGUGUCAAGUUCCACGUCGAUGGAUGCGCAUAUUUCUGGGCCGUCUCGGAAGCAUUGGAGAAAGCCAAGGAGUCAAUCUGGAUUCUUGGUUGGUGGAUCUCCCCAGAAGUCUAUCUCAGACGCCCGCCGUCGGAGAAUGAGCAAUAUCGACUUGAUCGCAUGCUUCUGGCGGCGGCCGAACGCGGUGUCAAAGUCAAUGUGAUUGUCUUCAAGGAGGUUCCUCAAGUCAUGUACUUAUCUUCGUACCACUCCAAGCACGCUCUCGAGGCUCUUCACCCCAACAUUGCCGUCUUCCGAUAUCCAGAGCAUUAUUCUGGAGCCAAGGGAGCCAUGUCAGCCACCAAGAGUAUGCUGCAAGGCAUCGUAUCCGGAAACAGGGCAAAUCUAGGCAAGGUCUCAGAUGAGACGUUGCAGACCAUGAUCGCCGUGGCAGGAGGGCCGACGUUGUUGUGGGCGCAUCACGAGAAGCUCGUCAUCGUCGACCGAGGGACCGUCUUCAUGGGCGGCAUAGAUCUCUCGUACGGCAGAUGGGAUACGAUCCAGCACCCAAUCGCCGACGCUCAUCCGGGAAAUCUAGACGACAUUGUGUUCCCCGGUCAAGACUACAACAAUGCCCGGGUGAUGGAUUUCAAGAAUCUAGACAAUUGGGAGCACAACAGACUAAGCCGUCUGACCACGUCGAGAAUGGGUUGGCAGGACAUCUCGAUCAGCGCGACUGGACCGGCCGUGGCCGAUAUCUGUGACCAUUUCGUUGAGCGCUGGAACUUCAUAUACGGCAUGAAAUACAACACUGGCCUCCCCAUAGACUCACGAUAUGCACGCAUCACCCCCACCCCCACCAGCGACCAGCCAUCGCCAGCGACCGCCGCGUCGUCGGGCGGGAUGAAGUGCCAACUCGUGCGCAGUGUGACGCGCUGGAGCAGUGGCAGCCCUCUCGAGCACAGCGUGUACGAUGCAUACGUGGACAUCAUCGAGAAGAGUGAGCACUUUGUGUACAUGGAGCAACAAUUCUUCAUCACAUCGACCGGAGAAUGGCUAGGGACGGUGUGGAACCGCGUGGGCGAAGCGUUGGUCAAACGCAUUCUACGCGCCGCACAAGAAGGCAAAAGGUACAAGGUGACUGUCAUCAUGCCUUCCGUACCGGCCUUCCCCGGCGACCUGCAGUCUUUGAUUGUCGGGCACCCGCCUCGGGCCAUCAUGAAGUUGCAGUACAAAUCCAUCUCGCGAGGAGGGUUCAGCAUCAUGGACAAGCUCCGACGCGCGGGGGUUGAUCCGAAGGAAUACAUCCGCUUCUACAAUCUGCGCAACUACGACCGCAUCAACGAAAGCGGAACCAUGCAGAAGACCGAGAAGGCCAGUGGCGUCGACUACACGCUCGCCAGUCAGGACCACGACGACAUUGUUGACCCGUUCGGGCUGCGGGCUCAAAAGGAGAUGGGUGAGUUCGAAGGCGACCAGAUCCCGAAGAACCACGAGGCCUACCGCAAGUACCAGACCGCCACCGACCACGGCCACAGCUCCUGGGACACGGUGAGCACGUGCUACAUGCUCGGUGGCACCGACAUCCGCAAGGUGCCCUGGGUGGGAGGCGGCAGCAUGAAGGAGAUCGACGCCUUCGUGACCGAGGAGCUGUACGUACAUUCCAAGGUGCUGAUCGCCGACGACCGGGUCGUGCUCUGCGGAUCGGCCAACCUUAACGACCGCUCGCUCAAGGGCAGUCGAGACUCGGAGAUAGCGCUGGUGAUCGAGGAUCCCACCCCUCUCGCGACCACCAUGAACGGGCAGCCCUUCCAGGCGAGCCGGUUCGCCGCGGGCAUGCGCCGAUAUCUCUUCCGCAAACACCUGGGUCUGUUGGCGCCACAGGACAUGCGUCGGCCAGACGCUCACUUCACGCCUGCGCCCGGCGACAAUGGCUACGACUUUGGAUCCCCAGAGGAUGCCAUCGUCGCCGACCCCCUGAGUGACCAGUUCCUCGAACACUGGAACGGCGUGGCGUUGCAGAACACGCUGGCGUUUCGCAAGGUGUUCGCCCCCAUGCCCGACGACACGGCCCAGACGUGGCUGCAGUACCAGGCCUUGUUCUGGAAGCGCUUCUCAGGCCCCGACGGCUUCCACAUGGCACAAUGGGGACACGUGGCCAAGGACAACUUUCCCGCCGGCGAUGAAGGGGUCACGGCGGUCAAGGAGGAGCUUGCCAAGGUUAGAGGCAUGCUUGUCGAGAUGCCGUUGGAGUUUCUGUCCAAGACAGACAUUCAGAUUGAAGAUCCAGGCUAUAACAUUAUCACAAGGCAGGGAUAUGUCUGA